AUGUCGAAAUACAGAUGGCGAGAUUUGAUUGAUUUGAAUGACAAAGAGAAGAGCUUUCUUUCUCCAUUAGCAUGCAUUGCACACAUUGAUGUCAAUGCCUUUUUUGCACAGGUAGAACAGGUACGAUGCGGUUUUUCAAGGGAUGAUCCGGUAGUUGCAGUACAAUGGACUAGUAUUUUAGCCGUUUCUUAUGCAGCUCGAAAGUAUAAUGUGUCCCGCAUGGAGAGCAUACUUGAUGCGAUAAAAAAGUGUGAUAAAAUCAUUCCGAUACACACAGCUGUUUUCCGUAAAGGGGAAGACUAUUGGCAGUACCAUGAUGGGUGCGGAUCAUGGGUAGAAGACGAGAGUAAAAAGUUAAGUCCAACAAACUAUAAAGUUGCCUUAGAACCGUACAGAAGAGAAAGUCGCAAACUCAUCAAAUUAUUUCAAGAUGAAUACGAUUUAGUUGAGAAAGCCAGUGUGGACGAAGCUUUCAUAGAAUUGGGACGCAAAUUAUUUUAUGAACUUCUCAUGGAUGAUUCCUAUACCGAUUUUGCUGAUAUUAGGGGUAUUUUCCAGGAUGGAAGGUACGAUUUAAAUGACCAUUUACCCAGUUUACCAACUAAACUCAGCAUUCAGUUCAGUGGAGAGGUAUUCAAUUCACAGAAUAGGCCCUUAUUUGAGGAUUGGGAUGAUGUCCUUAUGUGCUUAGCAAGUAAUUCUACUAACACAAUCAGAAACCAAAUUGAUGAUAUGUUGGGAUAUACCACAUCUUGUGGUAUAUCAAUGACGAAGAAUCUUAGCAAGCUUGCUUCUAAUUACAAGAAACCCAAUGCGCAAACCAUUGUAAAGAACAACUGUAUAGAUGAUUUCCUUGAUUGCGGGAAGUUUGAAAUCAAUUCCUUUUGGACAUUGGGUGGCAUACGUGGAAAGGAAUUAAUUGAUUUGAUGGAACUUCCCAAAGAACAUUCUAUAAAGUUCAUUAGAGAUUCAUGGCCAGUUUCAAGCGAUGACAUCAGAAAAUUCAUGCUCAAGAAAAUCAUAUGCAGAGAUAUACAAAGGUCUAGAGAGUACAACAUUAAUGAAGCCGAUGUUGCCAAAAUAAGUGCGAAAAUCUAUCAAUUAGUAAGAGGCCAAUUCAGGUUGCCUGUCGAACCGCGACCAUUGCCAAAAUCUAUGAUGUCGAAGAAAAAUUUGAGAAAUGAUGAUUGUGCUAGCGUUAUUGACUGCAUUGAAUGGCUUGAAAUCUUUUGCAGUGAACUAAACUACCGUGUACAUGACUUAGAACAAGAAUAUGAAAAGGUAAUAAUGCCAAGAACAAUUGUUAUCAUGAUUAAGGGCAAAGCAGGCAUGAAAUAUACUCAAACCCGAAGAAUCACUACCGCUUCAAGUAGUAUAACGUCCAGAGAGUUAUUCAUCAAUGCAACAAAAUUGAUAAACGAGAUUGAUAAGCAACAUGGCAAGCUUGCCGGUGUUUACCCUUUGAGAGAACUCUCGUUGACUCUUUCCAAUUUUGAUAUAAUAGACAAGGGGAAAACUGUCCUUGAUAUGUUCGGUAAUCGAGCAAUCUCAAAAUCAUCUUCAACUGAUAACAACGUCGUAAAGAUAGAAGGUGAAGACAUACAUUCAGAUUCGAAAGGUGGCCCUUAUGAUGCGUCUGUUUCAGAGACACUCGAGGGAGAACCACCAAGUGCUUCUUCUCCUCCUACAAUGGCUGAAAAUUUAACUUGCAAACAGUGCGGGGAAACUCUACAGGACAAAAAACUGUUCCAAGAGCACGUCGAUUAUCAUCUAUCAGUUCAAUUAUCAGAACAGAUUAACGGAGUAUCAGAGAACUCAACAAUGCUGACGCACGCAGAAAGAAUCCUUCUCUUCGGAAAGAAAGCUAAGAAGAAUGCCGCAUCAGUGCAAAAACCCAAAAAAAAAGAUGGAGGAAUCAUGAAGUUCUUCAAGAAGUGA